UUUCGAGGAUUGAUGAAGUCGUGCUACUUUACAUUGCAUUCCUUCCUUUUUUCACACGGUGCGGAAAUCCGAGUUGGCCAAAUGAUUGAUUCAGCUGCUCUUUUGAACAAUAGAUUACUUCAUGGCCACAAAGAAAAACACGUGUUGAGGUUUGCGACGGGGAUUCAGUGCGAGUAGGGAUUCAUGGGUAAAAAUGAGAACUAUGAAGGUGACUCGGUGUCUGCCAUGUCGACUCGUGGUGGUGGUCGCGUCCCACCUGCGAAGCCGGAAGAGAACUGUGGUUACGGUGUUGCUGGCGAGUUUCAUCGUCGUCGUUCUGACGCAGAAGUAUUGGGUGCAGGCCCAUCUUCAGUACCUGUUGGAGUACGACUUUGCUGUAUCGCCCACCCGACGUGCCGGCAACACUGUCCGAACAAAAGUGCCAUCAUACGCUGUAACUGGUGAAACCAAUUUGACCGAAAACAACAGCAUGGUUGACUUCUAUGAACCGUCGAAAUGUCCACGAAGUAUAGCAUCCUUACCCAAGUACUCACAGUGGUUCCGGGAAAGGUUUAAACCGAACGUCAAGUUGUUCUUAGACAAGUUGGACGGGGACAGCAUUGGGAAUUUGUCAUUUUAUGAGCUGCCAUUUGGAUUCAAGGAUGAGAAUCAUCGUUUCAUAAAUAGACUUCUGCAUCAUGGAAAUUUCAAGAAUCUGCCGUUGAACUUGAGACGGGACAAAGAGUGCAUCAGCUGCGCAGUGGUGGGCUCUGGGGGUAUCUUGAACGGGUCUUACGCCGGCAAGGAAAUUGAUGCGCACGAUUUGGUGUUCAGAUUGAAUACGGCGAUCACGUAUGGCAGGUACGCAAAGGACGUCGGCAGCCGGACGGAUUUCUACAUGUUCUUCCCAGAGUCUGCGCACCUCAACAGUUUCUCAGGCCAGAAUGUCACACUUUUAUACACCAUGUACAAGUCGUUUGAUGUGGAGUACGUAGCUGAAUUACUCAAUAUCAACAGGUUAAGGAUCAGCCGCAGAAUGGACCCGGACAGACUGAAGAUAAUCCACCCGGAUUUCUUCCGCUAUGUUUUUGCCAAGUUCCUGGACGGCCGAGCCAUGAAGCCGACCACAGGGGCUAUUGUGGUGAUGUUGGCCGUCCACCUCUGCGACUCGGUCACCAUCUACGGCUUCGGUUAUGAUCCCCAGUUCUCUAUGCACUACUACGACGCCGAGUUCCUGAAGCGCACCUACAGGUCCACGUGGACGCACGACGUGGAGAAUGAAAAGAGGCUGUGGGGGAAACUGCACCAGGAGGGCGCCCUCCGGUUCUUUAAAAGGGAUGUCAUGUGACGGCGGGAGGGGCAGUGUUGGGGGAGGGGAG